AAAAUAGAAAAAUAGAUCACGCGUGUUUUAGAUUCCGUAUACUUUUAGGAAUUUUUUGCUGUGUACACAGUUAUUUUACUCAAUUUGGCACAUUUUUCUAGAAAAUUUGAUCUUUGUGAGACAUUUUUUCUCGAUUUAAAAUGUUACGGGUGCGAUUGCUUUUGGCAGGUAUACAUUUAGACCCAAGAAUGUAUCAUUAAACUCAUUUUUGAAACCAGAGAAAUUCUUCACAUUAAUUACGAGCGAAACUUGAAACUGAGUACAAUAAAUUUAGCGUGUACACAGAGAAACGUCAAAAAUUUGAGAGCGUGUUUACAAACAACCUGAAUUUGAUAUCAGUAGCAGAAUAAUAUUGAGAUUAUUAAUUGUGAUUCUUUCUUUAUUCAGUGACGGUAACCUUUUUGUGAAAUUAUAUUCUAUCAGGUCAAGAAGAGACCUUCAGGAAAAUAAACUAAAUAACCGAGAAGCAUGACUCGCCACGCCAGAAAUUGCACUGCAGGCACCGUUUAUACCUAUCACGAGAAAAAGAAAGAUGCUGCCUCCUCGGGAUUCGGCACAGCAACGCAUCGGAUUGGAAAGGACUCGGUUAAGAAUUUUGACUGUUGCUCGCUUACAUUGCAGCCCUGCCGGAAUCCGGUCAUCACUAAGGAUGGUUAUUUGUUCGACAAGGAAGCAAUUCUUACCUACAUUAUUACAAAGAAAACCGAGUAUACCAGAAAAAUGAAGGAAUACGAGAAACAGGUAAAGCAGGAAGAGGAGGAUCAGGCCGAAAAGGCCAAUGAGGAAACCAAAAAACAAGUGGAUAAGUUCAUAUCCAUCGAGAAAAAUAUCGUCAGCACCAAGAGCUCCAAACCGAUCGAGGAACAACCGAGCACCAGCGGUGCAAUUUCCAACGUUUCUCUCGGCAAACGUAAGGAACUGCCUGCCUUUUGGGUUCCCUCUCAGACGCCAGCGGCCAAGAUUGCUAAACUGGAUAAGCCGGACAGCAAAAUCUACUGUCCCGUUUCAGGUAAACCUCUGAAGGCGAAGGAUUUAUUGGAAGUAAAAUUCACUCUGGUAAAAGAUCCUUCGGAUAAGAAGUCGCUGAUUGCAAAGGAAAACCGUUACAUGUGCGCGGUAACGCAUGACAUUUUGAACAAUUCCGUUCCUUGUGCGGUUUUGAAAACAACGGGCGACGUUGUUACCAUCGAAUGUGUCGAAAAAAUCAUCAAAAAGGACAUGAUACAUCCAUUGACCAAUGAUAAAUUGCAAGAAUCUGACAUCAUUCCGUUGCAGAGGGGAGGAACUGGCUUUUCGACUACCAAUGAAAGCCUGGAGGCAAAACAUGAACGACCAGCGCUACAGUGCUAAAUAAUUAGUUUUAAUUAUAUUUAAGUAACAAGAGAAAUAAAUCCUAUUAUUCCUGAAUUUGAA